AUGAGCUCCCGCGCCAUUUUGAUUAUAAUGGGAGUUUUAAUUCUGAUCAUCCAAUGUGCCGAUCAAUUUGCAGAGGCACCAUUGACGAGAAUCUUUGAGUCAAUUUACUGCUAUCAAUACUGGGAGCGUGAAGACCCAACCAAGAUCUUAAUACCUAGGCCAGCUAUAGGACCAGGUGCACUUGGUGGCGUGGAAGAACAAUGGUGCAAGGUAGCCGAAGUACAGGGAAAAGUGGCUAUGCUGAAAGGCACUCAGCAAUUUCUUGAAUGCAUUCCAAGUCUCGUUCUAUCAAUUCCAAUUGGUAUUUUGGCAGACCGAUGGGGUAGAAGACCGAUUAUGGUGAUUGGUCUAUGCGGCUUCCCUCUCAGAAUAGGAUGGCAACUCUUUGUGUGUAAAUGUCUUACUGACCUUCGGACAGGUUGGUUCUGGCAGAGUUUGAACCUACGAGUCUCUUGGUUCUCAGCGUUGCAUGCCCUUAUACUGGGAGGCUCACCAGUCAUAACAGCUGUUGCUUUUGUUGUCGUCUCCGAUGUUACGAACCAGGAAUCCAGAUCCGCCGUCUUUCUACGCAUCUACUCCGCCAACCUAACCAGUAAUCUUCUUUGUCCACCUGUAGUGGCUUGGAUUAUGACGCGUAAUCCUCUGGUGGCAGUGUUCAUCGGUAUAGGAUGUUUUUGCAUUGGAGUUCCAUUAUCUCUUCUGAUUCCGGAGACACUGGGAUACCAGCAAGCUGUCAAGCCUGAAGAAGAACGUAGUGACGAGGAAGAGUCAACAUCAUCACCGAAGAACCAAAUCAAGAGCUUCCUGGAGCAAUGCUACAAGCCUCUGGUCGGUUCCACCAAAUACUUCUUGCACGACAAACGGGUUGUCCUUUUGAUCAUCACCUUCGUCCCUAUCAUGUUGACGGUCACCAUCGUGCCCUUGCUCCUGCAGUAUGCAAGUUCACGUUACGGCAUGAGCUUCGCCAGUGUAACAAUGCUGCUGACAGUUCGAGCCGGAGUGACCAUCGCCACGUUCUUGUUUGUGCAGUCAUGGGUCUACAAGCUUCUUGCCAAUGCUGGUGUGAGCGGACAGAAGAGAGACCUCCUCCUUACUCGAGGAAGUGCUGGUCUGAUGCUUGUCGGUUGGGCGGCCGUAGGCUUCUCAUCCAAUGCCAUCGUUUUCACUGCAUCAUUGAUGGUUGCAACCAUGGGAAAUGGUUUCCCAGUCUUCCUCCGCUCCUUCUUAACUGGCUUGGUCGAGCCGAACAGAGUUGCAGAGUUGUACACAGUUAUUGGAGUCGUCGACACUCUAGGCUUGAUGAUCGGCGGACCACUGCUUGCUUGGCUGUUCCAGAGAGGCAUGCAGCUGGGAGGUUUGUUCGUGGGGCUACCUUUCGUCGUGUUGGGUCUGAUCUACGCUAUAUUGACGUCGUUCCUGCUGAGAAUCGGUCAUCACAAGCGCAAGGUCAUGGUGGAGGAAGACAUCGAGUAG